CAUAUGUAACUCUUUAAUAAUUUAGUUUUUGGUAAAUUUAUUAAUUAUUUAUUUUCGGGGAUAAUCUUCUGCACCAUUUGGAUUGGAACUUAACCAUAGACUUGGGAGAUAUCGGACAUCACAACGCCCAAAUGAAAUCGAUGGACCUAUCAAAACCUCAGCUUUAAACCUUAACUUCAUCGUUGCGAUUAUCGCAGCUAUCUUAUGGCGAUUCAAGUGGCCACACCAUCGUCCUUCAGCUUCACCAGUGAAACCAGCAGGUACAGAUAUGAAUAUGACGUUUUUCUGAGUUUCAGAGGCGAAGAUACUCGUCACUCCUUCACUGAAAUUCUCUACGAUGCUUUGCGACGUAAGGGAAUCAACGCCUUCAUUGAUGACAAGAAGCUUGGCAAAGGGGAAGAGAUCUCUCCUACGCUUCUCAAAGCCAUAGAGAGAUCCAGAAUUUCCAUUAUUGUCUUCUCUACCAACUACGCUACUUCCACAUGGUGCCUCGAGGAACUCGCCCACAUCGUUUGGUGUAGGAAGCAGACGGACCAGCUGGUGAUGCCCAUCUUCUACAAGGUGGAUCCGUUGGAUGUUCAGUAUCAGAGAAGUAGCUUUGAUGAAGCCAUGGCUGCUCUUGAAGUUAGGUUCAUAGAUGACUCACAGAAAGUGCGAAACUGGAGGUCUGCUCUGUCUGAAGCUGCUAGCCUAUCAUCAGCGUGGCUUUUUGACGAUGGGCAUGAGUUGGGAUUUAUUGAAAGGAUUGUCGAAGAUGCAUAUGCUUUGCUGCCUCCUAAGCGCUACCAUAACACUGAUCAUAUGGUUGGAGUUGAGCCUCGUAUUGAGGAGGUCAUGUCACUUCUGAAUAAAUCUGAUGAUCGUGUUUGUAUGUUCGGGAUUCAUGGAACUGGUGGAGUUGGCAAAACAACGAUUGACAAAGCUAUCUAUAAUUCAAUCUUUUACCAAUUUGAAGGCUCGUGUUUUUUGUUUGAUGUCAAAGAAGCAUCAAACAAGUAUCAAGGCAUUGUUCGCCUUCAACAGACACUUUUAUCAGAGAUUCUUGAAGAGAAGAGGAUGAAGUUUGGUAGCAUUGACGAAGGAAUCUCAAACAUAAACACAGACUCUCUCGCAAAGAGGUCUUGUUGGUUCUUGAUGAUGUUGAUGAGGUUGAACAAUUAG